AUGGUCGUCGAGGCCGGAAAGAACGUGACGCUGAAUUGUCCGGGUGUGACGGAGAAUUCACUGAUACUGAUGCUGGAAUGGCGGGUUAACAGCAUGCAGUUGCUCGAGUACAGCAGCAACACCACCAUCGUGUGGAACCAUCAGAACAGGGUGUCGUUGUCGCUGAAGAACUACGCGCUCCAGUUCCAUCCGGUCACCGCGCAGGACACCGGCGAGUACACUUGCUUGGUGAACAGCCGCAGCAUGGCCGAGGCUGUCAUCAGUCUGAUAGUUCACGGUGAGUACAUUUGUUCGUCUAUCGCGUUUAGCCUGUUAGCUCGAUCUCGCUUCGAUACGACGACGUGGAGACUGUCGCUCCGUGAAGAUUGUCGGUCGUUAAUUAAGUGAAAUAAAAUGUUUCUAAAUGCCUAGCCAGAGGAUGAAACCGUUAUGUACUCGCAAUAUUCUCCACCUCUGUUCAUGGAGAAACGAAGCGGACGCCGAUUGAAAUUACCAUCGAUCGCGUCGUAAAAAUAAUCACGGAAAAUCCUGGCCGCUCUCUCGAUUUAACCCAUCAGGGCCCCUGUUCCUCUCUCUCUCUCUCGCUUCGAGUCAAUUAAAAAUUAACCCGGCCGCAUACCGCUUGGAGCCGCGCCAAACGAGCCAAAUGGGUCAGUGUAUUUGCGUUUUAACCUUGAUUCUCCAUAAUUCUCGUCAACCUCUUUGAAAAACCCAGAGAUUCGUGUCUGACGACGUGACCGAACGCUGCAGCGUGAAAGACACGCGCGUUUCUGCAAUUUCGCCUGGCUGGAUGGAUAUUCGUCGCGAAACAAUGGCGGGCGAACGAUUCUUGCGCAUUAUGUAAGCGGAACGCGACUGGGUCAUGCACCGUGGCGAAUUUUGCAAGUCUUAUUAUUUUAAAGGGGCCCUCGAAAGAGUGGUCGGGUAA